UCAGACGAUAAAAGCGAUGCAUAUCAAUUCUUGUUUGGCACAAUGCCGAGAGAGAAUGAACUACUUAAGGUAGAGCAUAAAGUCUUUCCAAAGAUUGCUAGAAAUCCUAUAUUCAAACCUGACAUUUUAUUUGAUGGGUCGAUCUUUAAUACUACUAAAAAUAACUCGGAGGAGAAAGGUAUCCAUCUGGAACAAGAUUUUUCAGAAGAUCUAAUGGACAAAUCUGAUAGUGUCACUAUUGGAGAAAUUAGUUGCCCUCCUCAAGAAAAGGAGGAUAAAGCCUGCAUCCUUCUUGGAGAUGAGAAGAAUGACGCUAAUGCUUCACCAAUGCUUGUUGAUACCCUAGGCCUCCUAUACAGGCACUGCUUGAUAAGCUCGAAGCCAGAGGCUCCAAGUAACCAACUUGCUUCUAAAGAUCGCAAGUCAAGUUUUGAUAAGUCAGACGAUGGUACUUAUUGCUGAGAUAAUUUAAAGGACCCAAUCAGUUCUAAGAAGAAAAUAGUUAAGCAUUCCAAGACUCUUGGCUCUCCCAAUGCUGAUUGGAACUACUUCUCUUUACGCCGAGCUUGUUUCAGAGGAAUGAGCGCCUACUACAAAGAGAGGUUCAAUUCAUUCGUUAAGAAUUCGGGUUUAACCAAAUCCUUAAAACUCGAAAUGGAUAAGAUCGUAUCUAGAUUCAUCGAACACGAGUUUGCGAGUGUUCACACGGGAAAUUGCAAUAUCUCGAAUACAGAAUUCCUUGACUGAAUGAUAACUGUACUUCACUCUCACCGUCAUAAGAAGAAUGAGGAUUAUAUCAGGCGUAGAGACUUUACAAAAAUAAGGCAAGUUCUUUACUCCUUUUCAACAGCAGCAAAGAAAACAUUCUUGUCUUGUCCCAAUUAUGCCCUUGUUUUGAACAACUUUUUUAACAGACAAGGAGAAGAUUUCUUAGUAAAGAAGUCAAAGCUCAAGCCUGCCAGGUUUAGGCAAGAACUUGAACUCGAGCUUAAAACUCUAAAUAAAGGGGCUGUCCAGACAUUAGGCUUUUAAAUUAGUCUGCAUGCCCAACUUAUUAAAUAAACAUCUAAAUC